AUGGCCAAACUAACGUCACUGCUGCUGUUGGUCACACUAGCGUUGGUUCUACUAACGCUCACCGAAGUUCAAGGUCGCAGUCGCAAGGACAAAUCCUGGCAUAAGAGACUCCGAGACAAUGAGAAAAGCGAACAUCACAAGAAGAAGCAGAAGGAUGAAGGGAAAGGCCUGAGCAGACAUCGCAACCCCUGGACUGACCUGUGGGCUUCCUACCAUGACAUGGAUCCCCUGUCAUUCUUCAACUUCCGUUGGAACUGGGAUUCCAUCCGCGAGGACCCCUGGUGGCACGG